CCUGAUUUACUCGUGAUAAUCCAAGCGCGUCUUCCUUUCUCUCUCCCUCCUCACCCCGAUACUUCGAUACCCUAACCCUAACCCUAGCCCUCCGCCGUCGUCGCCCGUCGCGACUUCUCCACCUUCCGACGAUGUCCAGCGCGUUGGACAUGUCCCUCGACGAUCUCAUCAAGAACAGCAAGAAGUCCGCCCCCGCCGGGGCCGGAGGGAACUCCAGAGGGAGAGGUCGAGCCUCAGCCUCCAGUGCCGGACCUGCUCGCCGGGUCCCCAACCGCAACCGCGCCGCCCCGUACUCCGUGGGGAAGCAGGCACCUGACACAGCGUGGCAGCACGAUCUCUACUCCUCCGGCGACCGGAUCUCUGCUUUUCCUCCUCAGGCGGCCGGAAGGGCCUCUUCGAUCGAGCUCGGCACGAAGCUGUACAUCUCCAAUCUCGAUUACGGGGUCUCCAACGAGGAUAUCAAGGAGCUAUUUUCUGAGGUUGGUGAUCUGAAGCGCUUCUCGAUUCACUAUGAUAGGAGCGGGCGAUCUAAGGGCACUGCGGAGGUUGUCUUUGCGAGAAGAGAAGAUGCUUUUGCAGCUGUGAAGAGGUACAAUACCGUGCAGCUUGAUGGGAAGCCAAUGAAGAUUGAGGUUAUUGGAACUAAUAUUGUGACUCCUGCUGCUGGGCCGCCUGUUGUGAAUGGAGGUCUUGGUAAUUCUAAUGGAAUUCCUAGAAGUGGCCCUGGGAGGGGUGGUGCUGGAGGACGUCUAAGGGGUGGUGGGGGUGGUGGCCGUGGACGUGGGAGAGGCCGUGGUCGACGUGGAGGCCAGGCUGAGCCUCCAUCUGCAGAAACUCUUGAUGCCGAUCUUGAUAAGUACCAUUCAGAUGCAAUGCAGACCAACUAAAAACUCAUCUGGCUUCUGUAGUGUUAUGGGAUUGGUUGCUUGCUUGCUUGCUUGACACUUCUAAAUGGUUUUUAUGUAUUUUGACAAUUAUGGUAUUGUAGACAAGGGAAGACAUCAUCGUUGGGGCUCACUAGUACUUGUUUAUGGGGUUUUUGGGUUUUCCUUAUUUAUUACUUCCGUUUGAUCAACAUGUUACUUGGGUUAAUCAAUAGCUGGUGACUGCCAAAGAGAUCAUUUAUUGCUCGGUCUUCUUUUUUUUUUUUA